AGCUGCAGGACGGGUACGAGAGUCUGGAGGAGAACUACGUGCAGGACAGUAAGAUGGGUUUCGUGAUCAAUGCGAUCUACGCCAUGGCCCACGGUCUGCACGACAUGCAGGCGCUGCUGUGCACGGGGGGGGGGCUCUGCGACAACAUGAAGCCCGUGGACGGCAGCCAUCUUCUGGACUUCCUGCUGAAGACCUCGUUCACCGGGGUCUCCGGGGAGGACAUCUGGUUCGACGAGAACGGAGACUCUCCAGGGAGGUAUGAGAUCAUGAACUUCCAGCAGGUGGAGUCGGGCGACUUCGACUACAUAAACGUUGGUUCGUGGCACGAAGGAAUCCUGAAGCUGGACGAAGACCUGAUGAUGAUGAACAAGAGCAACGUCGUGAGAUCAGUGUGCAGUGAGCCCUGCAGCAGAGGGCAGAUCAAGGUGAUCAGAAAGGGCGAGGUCAGCUGCUGCUGGAUCUGCACGCCCUGCAAAGAUAACGAGGUCGUUCAGGACGAGUUCACCUGCAAGGCCUGUGAGAUCGGAUGGUGGCCGGACGAACAGCUGGAGGGCUGUGAGCCGAUCACCCUGCGCUACCUGGAGUGGAGUAACCCAGAGUCCAUCAUCCAGGUGGUGUUCUCCUGCCUCGGCAUCCUGGUCACCUCCUUCGUGGCGUUCAUCUUCGUGUUGUACCGCGACACGCCGGUUGUGAAGUCCUCCAGCCGCGAGCUGUGCUACAUCAUCCUGGCCGGGAUCUUCCUGGGUUUCUUGUGUCCGUUCACACUCAUCGCCCGACCCACGAUCUUCUCCUGCUACCUCCAACGCCUCCUCGUCGGUCUCUCUGCCGCCAUGUGCUACGCUGCUCUCGUCACAAAGACAAACCGAAUCGCACGCAUUCUGGCCGGCAGCAAGAAGAAGAUCUGCACCCGGAAACCUCGCUUCAUGAGUGCGUGGGCGCAGGUUGUCAUCGCCUCCAUUCUGGUGAGCGUUCAGUUGACUUUGGAGGUCACUUUGAUCAUCAUGGAGCCCCCAGAACCCGUUAAAUCGUACCCUAGCAUCCGUGAAGUGUUCCUCAUCUGCAACACCAGCAACAUGGGGGUCGUGGCGCCACUCGGAUACAACGGGUUGCUCAUCCUCAGCUGCACUUAUUACGCUUUUAAAACCCGAAAUGUUCCCGCUAACUUCAACGAGGCCAAGUACAUCGCCUUCACCAUGUACACCACCUGCAUCAUCUGGCUGGCGUUCGUUCCCAUUUACUUCGGGAGCAACUACAAGAUCAUCACCACGUCGUUCUCCGUGAGCCUCAGUGUGACGGUGGCUCUGGGAUGCAUGUUUACGCCCAAGAUGUACAUCAUCCUCGCCAAGCCGGAGAGAAACGUGCGCAGCGCUUUCACCACUUCGGACGCUGUGAGGAUGCACGUGGGCGACGGGAAGAUGGCGUGUCGAAGCAGCAGCUUUCUGAACAUGUUCAGGAGGAAGAAGAAGGGCAGUUCUAAUGGAAAGUCUGUGUCAUGGUCUGAACCAGGUGCCAGGCUCCCUCCCAAAGGAGAUCACACGUGGCACAGACUGUCAGUGCACGUGAGGCGGCAGGAGGCCAAUCAGACGGCCGUCAUCAAACCCUUAACCAACUCCUUCCUCAGCACUAAGACUCUGUACAACGUGGCCGAGGAGGAGGACGAGGGCGAGGCCGUGCGGUACAACCCCCCCGUCACCCCUCCCAUGAUGCACCAGGGUCAGAUCCCGAGGGGGGAGGAACCGUACGGACCUCGCGCAAAAAACACAAAAAACUGCGUCUUCGUGGAGCGUUCGCAGGUGGACGAAUUCAACAUACCCAAGUUAAAUGACAUGAUUAGCAUUCCUGAGGCGGUUAGUGGUGGUGUGUUAGUGUACCAGCACAAGGAGCCCCUCCUCUACCAGGAGCCCCUACUUCAGCUGGAGCCCCACCUCCUCCACGAGGAGCCUGACUCCCCUUCAGAGGAGGAAGAUGAGGCUCAGUUUGGGCUCCUUCACGGCUACAUAUACAACAACGCCCGGAUCCACGACAGCGACGGGGACUCGGUGGACGGGAAACUAUCCGAGGAGGCCCUCAUGCCUCCGUCUCCGUUCAGAGAUCACAACGCUCCUCCUCCCGUGAACCCCUUCCCAAAUUCAGAGUCCAUUCUGUGCAGCCCGACCAACAUGACGUACGCUUCCGUCAUCCUCAAAGACUUCAAGCAGAGUGCCUCCACUCUGUGAGGGAGAAACGGGAGAUAAGAUAAGAAGUGCUUUAUUGAUCCAAAAUUGGGACAUUUUAGCGAGGAUCAUGUAGGGGACAUCGGGGAGGGUUGACAUGCUGUUUGAAAAUGUUGGUGCUGAAAUGUGCGGAAUUGGGUUCAAGGGUUCAGUUUACAGGAUCAUUCCAGCAAUGUGUGCCCAAACGAAAUUGGUGUGAAUGCUGAGAAGCAAAAGCAAUAGUUAUAUAUAUAAAAAACGUCAUAAUUCUAGAAAUAUUACCCAUAUUUCAUCCAAAUGUUACUAUAAAAAUAUUCACCUUUUUAUAGGAUCAUGUCCCGAUGUAUAGAGGGCGGAGUUUGAAAAGGGUUGGUGCUGAAAUGUGCA